AUGGCCGCGCUCGCUCUCCUGCUCUGCAGCGCUGCAGGCGCCUACGCGUUCACAGGACCUGCUCCUGUCGCACUCCGCCAUGGACGUGCUGGAGCUCUCUCCCAGCGCCUCUCCAUGGCUGCGACCAUCCCCAAGGUUCCCUUCAGCGGCGUCAGCCCCACCGGACCUUCGGGCCCCACCCUCCCUGCUCCCGGGGAGGACCUCGAGUUCCUCGAGGCCAAGCCUUACUGGGACCAGUCCGGAGUCCAGGUGAACAUCGCCAAGCAGAAGAACCCCCUCAUCGGCAAGAUCAUCUCCGUCCAGCGCAUCGUUGGCCCCAACUCUCCUGGAGAGACCUGCAACAUCAUCAUCGAUCAUCAGGGUCAGGCGCUGAGAACCCUCGUUUGUGGAGCUGACUCGAUCUACAGGCAAGCUCCCCUACUGGGAGGGCCAGUCCUACGGUGUCGUCCCCCCGGCAUCGACCCGAAGAAGAACAAGCCCUACGGUGUUCGCCUCUAUUCUAUCGCCUCCACCCGCUACGGAGACGACAAGACCGGCAAGACCACCACCCUCUGCGUUCGCCGUGCCACCUACUGGUGCCCUGAGCUCAAGGCUGAGGACCCCGCCAAGAAGGGUGUCUGCUCCAACUACCUCUGCGACUCCAAGCCCGGUGAUGAGAUCUCCCUCACCGGACCUUCCGGCAAGGUCAUGCUCAUGCCCGAGGACGACCCCAACAUGACCUACAUCAUGGUCGCCACCGGAACUGGUAUCGCUCCCUUCCGCAGCUUCCUCCGCCGCCUCUUCGGCGAGGGCAACCCUGCUGGCAAGAACUUCAAGGGUCUCGCCUGGCUCUUCCUCGGAGUUGCCAACAAGGACUCCCUCCUCUACGACGAGGAGUUCCAGGUUUACCUCCGCCAGAACCCUGACAAGAUGCGCCUCGACUACGCGCUCUCCCGUGAGGGACCUCUCAACAAGAAGGGCGGCAAGAUGUACAUCCAGGACAAGGUCGAGGAGUACGCUGACGAGGUCUUCGAUGCCCUCGACAAGGGAGCCCACAUCUACUUCUGCGGCUUGAAGGGCAUGAUGCCUGGAAUCCAGGACAUGCUCAGGGGAGUGUGCGAGUCCAAGGGCCUCAACUUCGAGGAGUACCUCGAGGGCUUGAAGAAGAAGGGCCAGUGGCACGUCGAGGUUUAUUAAGCUGUUCAUGCAUGAAUGAAAGACUCCAAAAUGCAUCUC